GUGGGUUAAGCGUCUGACUCUGGACUCAGGUCAUGAUCUCACAGUUCCCGAGUUGGAGCCAGGCGUGGGGUUCUCGGCCACCUGUGCAGAGCCUGCUUGGGAUUCUCUCUCUGCCCCCCACCUCUCUCUUAAACAUACUUAAAAGAAAAACCUACUUGGCCAGUGACAUCUAUAGGGUGUCUUUUCAAAACGAUCCAAAGAAAGCUGGUUUCAGAGGUCAUAUCUUAAAUUGUUAUUCAGCCAACAAUAGAUAGCUUUGGAAUAAUUUGUAUUAGAUUCUGCUUUCAAAAGCCAAAGAACUUUGUGAAGAAACAGGCGAGGUAGGUAAGUGAUAUAUCUUUGUAAAUAAGGUAGAGGCCGGGAAGUGUUGAAAACACCAGCAGUGGUGGAUCGGAAGAAGCUGUUUUGUUUUUUUUUUUUUUUUUUUUCGUGGAAGAUGUUAAUUUUGGGUCUAAAUGUACUAGAGGUCAUGUGAAUCAGGGAGUGAAGGUCAAUACCAAUGUCUUCACUUGGAGCCAUAGGAAACAAAUACCUGUCCAAACAGGGGGAGUCUCGUUGUAUAUAGUAGCCGAGGAUGGUAUGGUUGCAUUUUCCCGCAGCUAACUGCUGUGGGAAGUUUCAGAUGGCUCGCACGAAGCAGACGGCGCGCAAGUCGACGGGCGGCAAGGCCCCGCGCAAGCAGCUGGCCACCAAGGCGGCCCGCAAGAGCGCGCCGGCCACCGGCGGCGUCAAGAAGCCGCACCGCUACCGGCCCGGCACGGUGGCCCUGCGCGAGAUCCGCCGCUACCAGAAGUCCACCGAGCUGCUCAUCCGCAAGCUGCCGUUCCAGCGGCUGGUGCGCGAGAUCGCGCAGGACUUCAAGACCGACCUGCGCUUCCAGAGCUCGGCCGUGAUGGCGCUGCAGGAGGCGUGCGAGGCCUACCUGGUGGGGCUCUUCGAGGACACCAACCUGUGCGCCAUCCACGCCAAGCGCGUCACCAUCAUGCCCAAGGACAUCCAGCUGGCGCGCCGCAUCCGUGGGGAGCGGGCCUAAGUUCCUUCAGCCAGUGAAAGCUUUAAUGCCCAAAGGCGCUUUUCAGAGCCAAUGACCUUUUCUAUGAGAUAGUGCUUUGUUCUUGUUCUUGUAAAUUGUGAAAGAUCCUGGAGAAACCAAGUGUUACAAGUCCUUGCAUAAGCUUAAUUGUGUGGCUCUGAAAAGAGCCUUUAGGUAUUCUCAGCUAGCCC